CAAACAUGCUCUUUCAUGAAAUUUCAUGUUGUUUUUUCAGGCAAAAAGAAGUGUAAUGAAUCGUUAGCAAGAUCAUGUUAUGUCCAAUUCAAUGGAAAUGUGACUCAUAUUUGUAAAGAAGUAAAGGAAUUACAUCAUUGUCUGGAAGGUCUUUGGGAAUGUCAUGUCAUGAAGCAUCCUUCCUAUGCUUUAUCGAAAAGCAUUUUGGAUGAACAUAGAAGAUGCUUCUUUGUUAAUUAUUCUAAAAUUUUGGAAAUUUUGGAUAAAAAGUCAGAGCCAACAAAGACAAAACAUCCUAUAAACUCUACAACUGAAGCAAAAAUUGAAGAAAUAGAAACAUCCACCAACUUCCUGCCUGUUACAUUUGUUGUUGUGGCAACUGUUUGUACAUGUUUAUUCCUUAUCAUACUUGUGGUAUUUAGUGUUGUGCGGCACACCUCUUUACUACGUCGUCAAAGACAUUCUACGGUUGAAAGACCUCCUAUUAGAUUACAAAUAAGUCCUUGCCGGACAUCUCAAAGAACUCGUAGAAGCUUGCGCCGUAAUGGACGACGUAAUCGCCAUAGACAUAUGUAUGUUAUACAUGAAGCUCGACAGACUGUAUCUGGUUUCUUUGAGGGCAAUGUGCCUCCUCCUCCAUAUAGUGCUGUGUUGGAUGAGACUGAAAGCAUACGUGCAGGUGAUUUGCCACCGCCUUAUCAACCACAGCCAUUUGUUGCCAUAGGUGUCAUUGUUUAAUAUGUUUAUUUCUUCAAAUGCAGAAAAUUUCUUUAAUUUUAUAAUUAUUAUAAAGCCAUGGCUGGUUAACACAAACUUAAUGUACAGUCAUUAUAUAUACAAAUACACAUUGGUCCUCUAAAUUUUCAGAAAAUCCUUCUCGUGAAAAGUUAAGGUUUUGUACAUAUUAACUCCUAGUUAUAGUGCACACAUAAAUCCAUGAAAACUACUAAAACUAAUGGGUACUAAGAAAGUGAAAAUCCCUUGUUUUCUAUUGUUUACUGCAGUUUUUGACACUUCCAACUCGGUAGUUCUUAGGACCAUGCUGAAAUUUGGUUUUGGGAUGCUGUCAAUCAAAAGUAAUUGGUACUUUUCAUAUCAUGACUGGCAGCAGUAAAAGGAUAUUGUGUAGUUCCAAAAAUUAUCCAUACCCCCCUCACGGAGGAAUUUCUUUAAGACGCCCCCCUCCCCCCGGAAAUUCCAAUUUUCUUCCAUACAAACUCUGUAAUUGUUGUUCUUUCUCUGACCCUCCUACUCUUCAGGAAUUCCAAAUUCCUCUGUGGGGUGGGUAUGGAUGAUUUGUGGAACUACACAUUUUACAAGUCAUUGAAAUGUCUGAGUUUGCAGAAUAUCAAAAGCCAGAGUACAGUAAACACCACUAUUUGGCAUCUUUCCAAUUAGUGAUUCUUUACGGAAUUAUUGUGUCCACUAGAACAACUAAAGUAUGAAUGUUUCUGCACACAGAUAGGCUGCUCCAGUCAAGGGUUAUUAAAGCGUUGUAUUAGAUUACAUCAGUUAAAACAUUUUUGAUUUAGAGGAGCCAUAAAGAUAAGAUGAGAGUGAAACUUGAAGAAACAUGAAAACAGUUCCAAAUUGAGAAAAUUGAGUAAAAUUGGAGUCAAUUGGAAAUACUUGGUGCAAGUUCUAGGAUUAUCAAAAUAUUUUAUCAUUCCUAUAGCAUAAACUUCUGGAAUAUAACUUUUUACUGGUUUAGAAUUUUAAAAGAAAGAACUUGAGUCAUGUACUGUAAGAUGCCUUUACUGGCGAGUUGUUAUAUUCUGCUAGUCAUAUAUUGAAUAAAAAGGUGAACUUCGGAGAUUAA